UCAUAAUAUUUACAUGACAAAUAUUUUGUUCAUGCAGGUUAUUUGUGUGUCCUCAUACCGCGACUCCACUUGUGUGAUUGAAAGUUUUGCUGAUAAUCGUUUUUGUUGUUUCUUACACUUUGUUGAACAAGCUAAUUAUAAAAGUGCAUGCAUCAAAACCUUCCUUGGUGAGUAGCCUUUUGACCCACAACAAGAGUUUUGCGUAAAUAUUAAAUGCAUCCAUAAAACAGUGGCCACAUUGAAAAUAAAGCAAUUGGGGGGUCGUGAGACAGCGUAUUCGGGGGGUCAUGAGACAUGCUAUUUCCGUAAUCUAGGAACAUUUAAUAGUAUUCUACAGCCGUAUCUCGCAUUUCUGUGUUACGUUUAGUGUUAUUUACACUGUAUUGGAUAAAUACAGGGUUUUUGAUAAUUAAUUAUUUAUUUUUCAGACAUUAUGGUGCGUCAUAAGUAUAGUCAGACUGUUAAACCUGCGAUUGAUGCCAAUGUUUUUGUGGCUGCUAUUAAGGAGGUUACAAUCGCGAAAAAGUCUCUACGAUCCGUUGGUAGCGCAUAUAAAAUCGAUAAGUCGAAAUUGGCGCGCUACAUUUCAAGUCUGAUGGAAGCGAACAUAGACCCCACAACCACUUCGAAUGAAAAACUUGUUGAUUUUGUUUCAAAUUUACUCAAGAGAACUGGUGGAAAAAAGAUAUUUAGCGUAGAACAAGAAGACGAGUUAGUGCAAUAUCUUCUUCGUGCCAGCAAAAUGUACUACGGUUUGUCUAUUUGUGAGUUUUCCAAAUUGGUCUACGAGUUUGCAAUGAAGUGUAACAUUGAAUAUCCAGUGGAGUGGGACAUUCACGGCAAAGCGUCGUGGGACUGGUACAAUGCAUUUAUGCAUCGGCAUCCAAAUCUGUCUCUUCGUACGCCAGAGCAGAUAAGCGCGAAUCGCACCAAGGCCUUUUCAAAAGCCAAUGUUGAUGCAUUUUUCGUUAACCUUGACUCUGCCGAUGCCGAUGCCAUUAAUUUGGAAGUACCCAGUCCAUCAACGAUGCCAAGCACAUCGACGAUUCCAAACACAUCAGCUGCACCAAUUCAGCAUAUAUUACAAGAGGUUGGUCCUCUGAAACACAGCGCUCCGAUCAAGAAAUCUAAUCGAGGUCGAAAAUCAAUGGGCAGCACUAUUUUGACUUCGGAAGUUAACGUGGCCAAUUUACGCCGAAAAUCUGACGAAAAAAAAGCAAAAGAUUCUCAGAAUAAAGAAAACCAGAAGAACAAGGCAGCAAAAGCAUUACCAUCGAAGCGCGGACGUCCUAGAAAAUCUUCGGUUGUAAUGACGAUUCAAAAUAUGUCGGACUCUGAAGAUGAAGACUUUUGUAUUAUCUGCAAAGGUGUAAUGCCCAAAAAAUUAAACCGAAACAAUUCGAUUCACUGUAAUACUUGCGAUAGACCUGUUCACUUGAAAUGUGCAAAUUUAACAGCCGGCUAUUACACCUGCAUCCAUUGUGAAUCUGAUUAA